AUGGAUGGGCAGGAAGGGGAGGGACCGGCUACACUUGUUGCUAUCCCGCCAGAUCGCGACGGUGGCUCUGGCAAAACGGAAUCGCAAAAGCAAGCUCUGGUGAAGGGCCCAGAUGAAGCGAAUGCACCUGCAGAAAACUACCUUUUUGCUUGUUGGAGUCAGGUAGCGGCAAGAAUCCGCCGUGUGGAUCGUCGCCUCUGCUACAUGUUCUGUAUGUUCUUGAGCACACUUCAUCCGGUCUUAGCGCUAUACAUGGUCGCCUACAAGGACUGCCCUUUAGACGACCUUGGAAACCCGAUACCAGACUAUCAACCUCCUCCGCCGUGUGCACUUGACGCUGAUGGGGAGAAAGUUGACCCAAAUUGCAUCGACCCGCCCCGUGCUUACGCUCGGGUCGAAAACAUAUUGUACAUGUACUUAGCCAAUGAAUUUGCGCUUCAUGUAACUUACGUGUUAUACGUGAAAGUCUGGACGCUUGGCGGUCGAAAUGUAGGCUUUUGGAGGGAAAUGUCAGGGUACGUGGGUUACUUCAUUAUUGAAUUCCUUUCCAAUGCUGCCUUAUAUCAUGUUCAAACCUUCCCAAGAGUCCGUGAAGUUUUGCCAUUCUUUAAUCACUUCACUUGGCCCUUGUACGCAGCUUUCAUUUUUGGCUCUAUUUUGCUCAUUCCUUUAGGUCUGUACCUUGCGAAAACGAGGGAUCAAUACAGGCGUGCACUGAUUUUCCACCUGCCUGGAAUUGUAUUCUUUGGAGUAGACGUGUUCAACCGAACUGUAUUUUUGCCAUUUUUCGAAACAAUGCAGCACAAAUUUGCACAGCUGCAACUUAGUGCAGUAAUUUCUUUCAUUGGAGAAUUGGCUCUUGCAAAUUUUUAUGGUUCUAUUUUCUUGCCAGCAACGCAUAAGGCCACGAAUAUCCUGGUGGAAUUCGGCUACAACGUCUCGUACCAAACGGGUCAGGAAUUGCCUUCCGUAGAAGAAGUGCACACUGAAGAGUUUUUACAACAAGACAGCGAAGAGGGCGUUCGAGUCCUUCUAGAGCUGGAGGGGCCGUCAAACAGUGAUAUUCUUAAACAGAGUUCAGCGGACUUUACAGCUGGACUAGGACUUGGAAAAGCUAGAAAUCAAAAGCUUCCCAGUAGUAUGCAGGGGUCAUCCGAAGGCCAGUAUAGAGGCACCCCUAUGGAGGACAACUUCAGUGGCGGAGAAAUUGUUCAGCGUACCCAGAGAGAUAGAAACGGAAGCGCAGCCACUCGACGAAGCGGUCGCACUUUUGAGCAGCGAAGCCGGGGCUCGCGACUAGGGUCAAAAGCUUCCACAUUCAGCGCUGCAGCUCGCCAAAGCCGUAUUCUGGCGCCCAUUGUAGCCUCGGUUGACUACAUUCCACCCAGCCAACCCCAUGUCCCAAUACGUCCGGAUGGACCUGACCCCCUUGAGUUCGACAAAAUCCUCUGCUGCUUUGCCAUUGUCUGGGACUCGUGGAGAUACUUGCUCAUCCGGACGGUGCUGAUGAAGGCUUCUAGUAUUUUUCUUUACCUGCUGAUGGUUUUCAAGGAUUUUGCCUUCUCGUACUUUCACUUUGGGUACGCUUAUAUGGAAAGAAGAGUGCUACUAGUCAUUGAAGGCGCUACUACCGAAGAGUCCACUGUCUGGAGCAGAAUCAAAAAGCUCCUAGUCUGGCUUUUCAAGUUUUUUAUCGUCAAGCCGUUCUUCUUGACCAAAUUUUUGGCAACAACUGUGUGGCGAACCGAGAUAAUCUUUGGAAUGAACGAGAGGAGGCAACAUUAUAGCCACAAUGUUUAUGAGGAACCCUCGCCGGAAUCUUCAGAAGAGAACAUUUCGUUUCGAAAGACAAUCAGGCUUGUCAAUGCACGCAAGCCCACAGCUUCUGAUUGGGCAAGUGCACUUUCGACAGUCGCAGUGCAAAAGGGAAAACAUACAAGAGGCUUUGUAGGAAGUCUGUUCAGUGACAUGUGGACCCAUUUUGUUCUCAAUCUACGUCGCGACUGGCGACACUGGAAAGCAAAAGACUUCAGCCGAUAUACGCACCCAGUGGAGCACUGGAAGAAAAAGCUGGCCGCUUCAAAGACUGAGGCACAAAAUGGGCAAGGUGCAAAGUUUGAUGGCCUUGAAGUACGAUACUGCUUUGCUAACGAAUGCUGUAUAAUUCGUCACGUGCCACCGAAACCAAAGACGCACAAAAUUCGGAGCGGUUCCCAGAUGGUGACAGGAGCUGAAGAGCCUCAACGACCGUCAGGCGAAUCGGUGUUUCGCCGCAUUAAUGCCGUUUGGCUUUCAAAAGUCGUGAAGGAGAUCCAGUCCCUUAUCUUCAACCGCUGCUGGCCAAGAAUCCUUCAAAAGCUCGUUUCUUCAACAGUCUUCGUUAUCACUGAACUAUUCACUCAGCAUUCGACCGUUGGGCUUCUACCAUCGUAUCAAGAGCACGGCCUUUUCAGGGAUACGAUGGGCCGCUUCAGGGUGCUGUUCAUGUUCUCCAUGGACGUUGUGGAGGUAGCCUCCAUAUGGUUGACGCAGGCACAGUCGCGCUUCUACGGAAGCAUAAAGAAAGGCUACAAUCUCUUUCAUGACUUAGCAAUGAUUUUCCUGUGCACGUUUAACUGCGCUGCCCAAAUGAUGAAUUUCGCCAUGCUACGUUAUAUCCGCUUCGCCCCCAUCUGCGGCGACAAACGCGUGCUCCCCGAUAACGUUCAACAGGAUAUGCUGAAGCACCUGAACCUCGUUAAGUACUGGGACCAGCCAGACUUGUAA